AGGCAUCAUGAAGACUCUGACUCUCCUCUCCAUCUGCGCUCUUCUGUCAGUGUGCUGGUCCAUGGGAGCUGUUGAACCAGAGGUUGUUGUGGACUAUGCUGCAGACACAGCUGCUGAAGCUGCACCUGCUGACCCAGCUGCUGACCCAGCUGCUGACCCAGCUGCUGACCCCGAUUCAUCUGCUUCGGACUCUUCCUCCUCCUCUGAGUCUGAUUCGUCCUCGGCCUCUGACUCCAACUCUUCCUCAGACUCUUCAGCGUCGGAUUCUUCCUCCUCCUCCUCCUCCUCCUCCUCUUCCUCCUCCUCCGAGUCUACUGAAUCUUCUUCCUCUGAGUCUGACUCCUCAGCAUCCGACUCUUCUGCCUCUGAUUCUUCCUCUUCUUCUUCAUCAUCCUCCUCAUCUUCAUCAGAGUCCGCCAGUGCUGAGGCGGCUCAGGUGGUGAUGAAGAGAGACCUGGCUGCUGUUCUCCUGAGGAGAAGAAGAGCUGCCGCAGCAGGAGACCUCAGCCCUCUGCAGCUGGAAAGCCUGAGAGAGGUGUGUGAGCUGAACGACGCCUGUGACGAGAUGGCAGAAACAGAAGGCAUCGUCAAAGCAUACGUCGCCUACUACGGACCCGUCCCCUUCUAA